AUGUCUCGAUACCAAACCCUUUAUGCCGAACAACAAGGUCCUGGCGACGCUCGACCUACGGCAUUGGAAAUUGUGCAGGACGAAGACCUUGUUGGCAAAUUGACGGACAAGGCCGUCUUUAUCACCGGUGCUAACCAGGGUCUUGGCCUCGAAACGGCUCGGGCUCUGCAUGCUACAGGCGCGACGAUCUACCUAGGCGUAAGAGAUGUCAAGAAAGGACAGGAGGCAAUCGACAGCAUUCUGUCCUCUUCAAAGGACAAGAACAAGGACUCUUUACGCCUCAUUCAAAUGUCUCUUGACUCGCUGGAAUCAGUACGCUCUGCAGCCAAGGCAUUUUUGACUCAGAGCGACAAGCUCAACAUCCUAAUCCUCAAUGCCGGUGUCAUGGCUACUCCGGAAGGACGUACUGUGGACGGCUUCGAAACGCAUUUCGGCACUAAUCACCUCGGCCAUUUCCUCCUCUUCCAAUUACUGAAGCCCACGUUGUUGGCAAGCGUUACCCCUUCAUUCAACUCGCGCGUUGUUGUUGUUGCCUCCGCUGGACACCGCCAUACUGGGAUCCGAUUUCACGACCUCAAUUUCGAUGAACCAGGCUCUUAUGAGCCCUAUACCGCCUACGGUCAGUCCAAGACUGCGAACAUCUACCUCGCCAACGAGAUAGAGAGACGCUACGGCCCGAAGGGCUUGCAUGCGCUAUCCUUGCAUCCUGGUGGCAUCAUAACCAACUUGGCUCAAUACGUUGAUCGGGAGUUGCUAAAGGACAUGUCGAAAGGCAAGAAUUUCAUGAUGAACGCCGAACAGGGUGCUGCCACAACUGUAUAUGCAGCCCUUAGCAAAGAGUGGGAAGGGCGAGGUGGCCGUUACCUUGCCAAUUGUAUUGAGCAAGGUCCACUGGACCCCAACUCUUCUCAAUUUGACGGUGACAGUGUUGGAUAUGCUCCUUGGGCAUAUGACGUAGAAAAGGCUGCAAAGUUGUGGGAUGUAUCGUGCGAACUUGUCCAUAUAGCUGAGAUAGAAUAA